CGGUGAUGUUGGGAUUGCUGCUGGUGUAGGUGUGGAUGUUUGGUUGGUGGGUGCGCGCGCGUGUGUGCGUGUGUGUGUCCGUAAUUAGCACUUCGGCUAGGAGCUCCCUAGCGGGAUACCACCGUUGUGAUGAUAGAGAUCCUGGUGGGCCAAGGUUGCCGCUGCUGGGUGGCACAACGCGCACCCUGAGGCUCCUAUUCAACACAUGUUUCGAUGGCGGUCCCGUCAGAGACGAGCAGCACGAGCAAAGGCCGGCGUGGCCACUACAUGCGGUUGUUGGCGUCCUGCGAGAAGAAGCUCGACUGGCAGCGUGCAUUGGACCUUCUAGGAAAAAUGCGAGAAGCAGGCGCGAUACCGAAUUUAGCCGCGUACAAAACUGCAGUCCAUGUUUGUGCGAAGGGUAGGCAGUGGCAACAGACCGUUGACCUCUUGGACGAGAUGGUUGGGAGCGGUGUGGCGCCUGAUGUUGUGGUGUACACCAUGGCAAUUCAUGCUUGCACGAAGGGGCGCCAGUGGGAGAGAGCCCUCACAGUCUUCGACCGGAUGCUGCAGCAGGGGCUCCAGCCCGACGAGAUCGCCUACAAUUGCGUAAUUCGUGCCUGCAGCAUGGGCCAACAGUGGCAGAGGGCCCUCUCGCUGUUCAACGACAUGAGGCGCCACGGCACGCAUCAGCCUGGCCUGAUCACCUACAAUGUAAUCAUCAACGCUUGCGGCAAAUGUGGCAAUUGGCAGGAGGCACUCCAGAUAUUUGAAGAGAUGUCGGAUGCCGACGUGGAGCCUGAUGCGGUGACCUACCGCGUGGUGCUGAGCGCCUGCGAGAGAGGCUCGCAGUGGCAGCGGGUGCUGGGAUUGCUGGAGGAGAUGCAGCAGAGCGGCAUCAUGCCCGAUGGCUUUGCGUGCCACACGGCCAUAAGCGCAUGUGAGAAGAGCGCCCAGUGGGAAGAGGCCGUGAAGCUCAUCGAUUGGAUGUGCUGUGUCGGCGUCGCGCCGAGCCUGUCGACGUACGUCGCCGUCCUGAACGUCUGCGACAACUGCCGGCAGUGGGAGACGGCGUUGCGGAUCUUCCGCGAGCUGGGCCAGAGCGACCUUUCGCCGGAUGCGUCUGCGUACAAUGCGGUCCUCAGGGCGUGCGCGAAGGGCCUCCAGUGGCGGCAGGUGCUGAGCCUCUUCGAGGCCAUGCGCGCAAGCGGUGUGCAGCCCGACGCCCCGACCUACACGCCCGUCCUGGCCGCCUGCGUGGCCUCCGGGGACGGGCGGCGGGCGCUGCAGCACUUCGACGAGAUGGGCCGGGCGCAGCGGGCCGAGCUCGCUCCGGCCGCCUGUCGGUCCCUGGCGUGCGCCUGCGAGGCGCUGGGGGACUGCGGCCACGCCGCCGCGCUCUUCUCGUCCCCGGGGCCCGCCCCGCGCCCGGAGGGCCGAGGCUCCGCGCCAGAGAGCAUGGUGCAGGCCUUGGAGCCCUGGCGCUCCGCCUCCUUCUGGGCCUCGCGCUGGGCGCGGAGGGGCGGCCUGGGCAGGCUCGUGGGCCUGAUCUGGAGCGAGCACGUCGUCCCGUACCUCACGGUGUUCGCAUUUCGCUGUCGGCUCACGGCAUGAAGGUGGGAGCGCGAGCCCCCCGCGCGCCCCCCCGAGAGAAAAAAGCAGUCGUUCCCUGUGUUGUCUCUCUCUCUGUCUCUUUCUCUCUCACUCUCUCUCUCUCUCUCUUUACCUAUUU